AUGCUGAGUGAAGAAGUCAACUUAUUAUGCAACCAGUGCUCCAUGGUGAAUUUUGAUUGCCCUUCCCGUGCGCACGCGGUUCAUAACGUUGUUUCAGCAUCAAUUUUUAGUAAAUAUCGCAGUUUUGAUUUGGACCAACCCGCGGAAAAAUUUCGUAAAACUCAUAUUAUAUGCACUCUUGGUCCCGCCAGCCACACCAUCGAAACAUUACAACAAUUGAUUCUAGCUGGCAUGGAUAUUGUCAGACUCAACUUUUCUCAUGGCACCUAUGACUAUCACUCCGAUACUAUACAGAUGGUUCGAGAAGCAGAAAGAACGCUUAAACCUAUUCCUCGGCCAAUAGCUAUUGCGCUUGAUACAAAAGGACCUGAGAUUCGGACGGGUUUGGUUAAUGGCAGUCCAACUGGUGAGGCUGAGCUGAGUACUGGAGAAAUAAUUCGAGUCACCCCUGACAAAGCUUACUAUGAACGAUGCAACGAAAAAACUCUUUAUGUUGACUAUGAAAAUAUAGUUCACGUACUAAACGUUGGGUCAUUAAUAUUUAUUGAUGACGGUCUCAUCUGCGUUCGAGUCAAGGAAAAGGGUUCUGAUUACCUGGACUGUGUUAUUGAAAAUGGUGGUAGGCUCGGCUCAAAGAAGGGAGUUAAUCUUCCUGGUUCUCCGGUUGAUCUUCCAGCGAUGUCUGAGAAGGAUAGGCAGGAUAUCCUCUUUGCUGUCAACAAUAAUUUGGAUAUGAUAUUCGCAUCAUUCAUUCGUGACGCUAAGGCUAUUUACGAAAUGCGCCAAUUAAUGGGAGAAAGAGGUUCACGAGUCAAAAUCAUUGCAAAAAUAGAAAACCAUCAAGGUGUAAAGAACAUUAAUGAAAUAAUUGAUGCUGCUGAUGGAAUAAUGGUGGCUCGUGGAGACUUAGGCAUCGAAAUACCACCGGAGAAAGUUUUCUUAGUACAAAAGAUGUGUUUCGAACGCUGUAAUUUUGUGGGCAAGCCAUGUAUUUGUGCUACGCAAAUGUUAGAGUCGAUGACUUACAAACCUCGAGCAACUCGGGCGGAAACUAGCGAUGUCGCCAACGCUGUUCUUGACGGAGCGGAUUGUGUCAUGCUUUCAGGUUGGGCUUCGGUUAACUGA